AUUUUACUCCUCACGUUAACUCUAUGGGAAUGUUUGACUGGCAGUUAUUUGGUCGUUGUGAAAAUAGCAUUGCAAAUAACUUCAAGUCAUAUCCGGCAGCUUUUCUUUUAGCACAUUCUUUUAGAUAUGAAAUGAUUUGUGAACUAUAUUUACCACAUUUUCACAGAUCGCAUUUUAGACAUACUUGAAUUCCACAAUGUGGAAAUUCUGGUGUUUUUAGCAGCAGCCUGACAGUUUACAGGACAAACAGAAAGCUGUCCUGCAUGUCUGUGCAAUUCUGACUAUGCUGCUCCUGGUAGCGCUGGGCAUAUCGUUGUUUUCCAGUGUGAUCUCUCCUGAAAAGGCGUCGAACAGCAGCCACAAAGCACCAACACCACCUCUUAACUACAGCAGGAUUUCCCUGCCACCGGAGCACGUACCCUACUUCCUCUACAACAACAAGAGGGUCGCCAAACAAUGCCGCCUGGACCCACUCUGCCCAUUUAAAGAUGCGCUGCUGGACUUAUCUGGCUGUUGGGGUUAUGAGAAGCAUUGUGAUCCUGGGAAGCGUUUUAGCUAUCCAGUCUGUAACAAGUUGGAUUCUGGAUGGGCUCGUUCACUGGAGGAAGCCCAGGAGCGUUUCUGGAAGCAGGCUGACUUUGGCUAUGUCAAGGAGCGCCUCUCGGAACUUAAAGUGCUGUGCAAGGCCAGCAAACCAGGAGACUCUUCAUUAAAAUGCAGCAGCCAUACAAGAUUCUGUAAGGCAACUAAUCUUUACCUGGACUUGCGGAAUCCUCGCAGAAGUCACGAGAGAUAUAAGGAGGAUUUCAUCCAGGAGGGUCAGAUUGGUGGUCGCUGCAGAGUGAACAAGCGAGCACUUGCUGAGGAGGGGGAUCACAAAAGCCCUUUGCAGUCGUGGUAUGCUGAGCUACAGACAUACACAGAACUGGACUUCAAUCCAAUAGAGCAAGACUACUGUGACAUCAUCGUUGAAAAACCCACUGUCUUUAUGAAACUGGAUGCUGGCGUGAACAUGUACCAUCAUUUCUGCGACUUUGUGAACCUUUACAUCUCCCAGCACAUUAACAACUCCUUCAGCUUAGAUCUCAACAUCGUCAUGUGGGACACAAGUUUUUACGAUUACGGGGAUCUGUUCAGUGAAACAUGGAAGGCUUUCUCAGAUUAUGACAUCAUCCACCUGAAGACCUAUGACUCAAAAAGAGUGUGCUUUAAAGAUGCCUUCUUCUCCCUCCUCCCAAGAAUGAGAUAUGGCCUUUUUUACAACACACCUCUUAUAGCCGAUUGCUCAAGUGAAGGGAUGUUCCGGGCCUUCUCCCAACAUGUUCUUCAUCGUUUGAACAUCCCACAAGAUGGGUCAAAGGAAGGGCGUGUUCGUGUCACCCUGCUGGAACGCAGCACAGCAUACAGAAGGAUAUUAAACCAAGUGGAACUGGUAAAUGCCCUCAAGACUGUGCCUUUACUGGAGGUCAGUGUGGUGGACUACAAAUAUAAUGAUGUUCCGUUCCUGGAGCAGCUGAAGAUCACCCACAACUCUGACAUCUUUAUAGGCAUGCACGGGGCAGGUCUCACACACCUUCUCUUCCUUCCUGACUGGGCUGUCAUCUUUGAACUAUAUAAUUGUCAGGAUGAGAGCUGCUAUCGAGAUUUGGCUGGGCUGCGGGGCAUUCGAUACGUGACUUGGCAGAAAAUGGACAAAGUGCUCCCACAGGACAAGGGUCACCAUCCCACCCUUGGGGACCAUCCAAAGUUUACCAACUACUCUUUUGAUGUCGGAGAAUUUAUGCGUCUUGUGCUGGAAGCAGCUGCUUAUGUCACACACCACCCCAAAUGGCAGCGCCGAGGCUUCCAUGAUGAACUCUAGCGUAUCAGACAGUGAAAGGGGAGGAUACAAAGCUUUGGCUUCUGAAGACCUCUAAAGAGCCGUGUACUAGUGUCUGGUCUAUUUGUUGUAGUAAAGUUUCCUCAUUUACUAGUAUUGUUACAUAAUGUGUCAGCGCUCUGCUCCAUUUCUAGGUCUGAUUGAGUGGAAGCAGUAUGACAGACAACUUAGGUUUGCUUCCAGCAUCUCUAUUAGAGUCAAGUGCGUUAAAGGACGUGGCUCAUGGAGGCUGAGCAAUAGGUCCUGCGUUUCUUCAUUAUCUCAGUUGCGCCUACUUCAUUUCACAACAACACAGUUGGCUAAUGAGCAUCUGUUACAGCAUCCCUUCACGUGUGACAUCCUGUCACGUUUGAUCAGCGUCACCUUGGUGGGAGCCUCUUCAGAGAUGUUGACAAUCACACUAGAGUUUUUGCGUGCAUGCAGCACACAACACUAUUAUAAUUGCAGUAUGACUAGAUUUGCAUAUAUAGAUUUUCUCUUCACAUCUCGCAACUUGUGGCAUUGAGCUAUGCUCAUGAGCGAACACUACGCCUGAAAUUAAGAGGCAGUUAUGUAACCUGUUUUUUGUUUCUCAAAAUAUAAUUGCAGUUUUUUUCAUCAGCUGAAAAUAACUUUUGCAAUAUUUCUUAUCUUUAAGUUUACAUUUUUUUAAUAUUGUCACAGAUGUUAUUUAAACAAGUUUUUCUUUUUGAUAAUGUCGUAUGUCUUUCCUAUUGUAAGUUUCUUUGAAUUUUAUCAAAGGAGGUUGUCAGAAGGGUUUUGUGUUUUAUUGUAAAUUACCCUGAAAGAGCUCAAUAUGCAUGCAGACUGAUGCAAUACACAAGUGUUUUGAGAGAUCAUAGGAUCAUUUUCGUGUUUCUCUGCUCCUCCUUGAGCUCGAUGUUUUAUUUAUCAAUGAAACCAUGUUGAACUGAGUCAGAUCUUUUUGAUCAGGACUUUGCUUUUUUGUAGUCAGAUUAAGGUGCUAUGUGAUGUUUAGAAUUAAAAAGUCCUAAAAAAAUGC